GCGGCUGCAGCGUGGUCGGCGCGGUAACGCAGCAGUGCAACAUGAACACAGGCUGCUGCAUGUGUCGAGACGCCUUCAGAGGAGAGAAGUGCAUUGAAUGUCAAAUUGGAUACAGAGACUUUCCUCAGUGCACCCAGUGCGAGUGUGACGUCGCCGGGUCGGACAGCCAGACCUGCGACCUGGAGAGGGACGUGUGCGCCUGCGCCGAUCGGACGGGGAAGUGUAGCUGCAAGGCAAAUGUGGAAGGACACAACUGUGAACGCUGUAAGUCCGAUACGUUCGGGUUGUCGGUUCCAAACCCUCUCGGCUGCAGCAACUGUUACUGUUACGGUCUGACCAGCUCCUGCUCAGAGGCUCAGGGGCUCAUCAGGAUGUGG